UAAUAUGAUAAACUGAAACAUGAAUCCAGAUUCACUUAAAUGUCACUGAAGUUUGCUGCAGUUUCCCUCUGAGUUUUUAUUCAACCUUCUAAUGCAAACUACAUAGCAUCACAAAGAUGAGGGGGAUAAAAGGGUUGUAAAUGUCAAAGAGCGAGGCGAUUGGAGGUAAAACAGGAUCUGAAAGACGUGCAACGAGGGUGAGUGGAAUAAGAAGUGAUUACAAAGAGAGGAGAGGAGAAUAAGCAGAAUAAAAAGUGCUAAAUAUCCUCCAGGUAUGAAAAGGUGUCCUAAACAGGGAUGAAGAUGAGUUGGCAGAUUAAACGGAUGAAAAGACUCCCUGAUCAGGAUGAAUAGGGAUGCUAAGAACAGAUGUGGAAAUGAAUGGGCUAAAAGGAGGGAUGAAGAGGAUGAGCGAUGAGGCAUUUUUCCUGUUCAGCAAGUUUAAUGAAGCACCUGAAAGUCUGUGGCACAGCUCCUUUCAACACCAAGAGCGGAACCAGGAUCGUUGGAGGUCAGGAUUCAACUGAAGGGGCGUGGCCAUGGCAGGCCAGUCUGCACAUCGGGCCGGGGCGGUGUGGAGGAUCCCUGAUCAACAAUCUGUGGGUUCUGUCUGCUGCUCACUGUUUUAGCAGCACGAGCACAUCAGGUUUGACUAUUUACCUGGGUCGACACACCCAGCAAAGUGUGAAUUCUCAUGAGAGUUCCUUUAGAGCAUCCCAGAUCAUUAUACAUCCAGACUAUAACUCCAACACAAACGAUAACGACAUAGCCCUGGUGCAGCUGGACUCUACUGUGGAGUUUACCAACUACAUCCGACCGAUCUGUCUGGCUGCAGCUGGCAGCGUCUUUACAGCUGGACUGGACUGCUGGGUCACCGGCUGGGGAACCAUUUCCUCUGAUGCCAAUCUCCCUGACCCUCAGACGCUACAGGAAGUAGAUGUUCCUAUAGUGUCCAACAGUCAGUGCAGUUCAACUUACAGCUCAAUAACUGACAACAUGAUGUGUGCUGGUCUGACUGCUGGAGGGAAGGACUCCUGUCAGGGAGACUCCGGUGGACCAUUGGUCACUAAAAGCGGUGCUGUGUGGGUCCAGGCUGGGAUUGUGAGUUUUGGGAAUGGCUGCGCCAAGCCCAACACCCCAGGGGUUUACGUCCGAGUUUCAAAUUACCAGACCUGGAUCAACAGCCACGUCACCAGUGACGUGCCAGGAUACAUCAACUUCCUGGGUCCAACUGGAUCGGCUCACGUGGUCUACCUGUCGCUUCCUCUGCUGCUGUCCAUCCCACCGACAAUCUUCUCUCUCGUCAUCCUCUCAUGAGUGUUUUAGUGAAGCUCAUCAGCGGAGAUGGAAAACAUGUCUUCUUUAAUGAACCUCACAUAUCUCCUCUUGUUUCUACUUCAAGUCCCACAAAGUUUUAGAAAUGUAACAAAACUAAAAACUAGAAACUGUCUCAGACAAACUGCCAGAGAAAAUAAAUUGCAAUGGUACAUUCCAACAAAAUGUGUUGCCUGCAUUUGACCCGUCCCUUAGGGAGCAGCGGGCAGCGCCAGGGGAGCACUCUGGGCAUAAAGGGUCCUGCUCAGGGAUCCAGAGGGGAGGUUUGUGGGAUUCAAACCAGUGACACAAACGUCCUGUUGUCUAACUGCUAGGCCACCCCCUACUUUAUAGCUUAAGUUGCUGCAGUUUUAUUUUAUUUCAAAUAUUUGACCUAAUAAACCAAAAUUAAUCCGGAUCUAAAACAACUGAGAAACAUGUAGACAUAUUUUCCCCCAAAUUUAAUCUUAAAA